UUAUUUCAGCCGUUAACGAGAUCUAAAAGGUGUGACUAAAAUAGGCAGAUCACACUUCCUUUAUAUGAGAAGCUAAUAAAUAACGUCAAACAGAUUGUGUCAUGUUAUUAAAUGUAUUGAUGUCUCUGUGUACAUUUGACACCAGUUAUGUGGGUGAAUAAUGGAUAGAAUGGACCAAUAUUGAAAGGAUCAGCGGGGCUUAUUCAGAGACAGACAGGGACCAGCCAUUUACAAAUUGCAUCAUUCCACAUUCAUGUUUUAAAUGGUUUUAGAGAAAAGCUUGUAACGUAAAUGUGAAUUAUGUUUCGUAUCAAUAGAAAAACUAGCUUUCAUUGCAUUGUUUAUGAGUGUCACUGCGUAUUGAUCCAAAUGAGUAUAAAACCAUGGAAAUUAUUUCUGUCUGCAUAGUUUAAGUAUUGAAAGCAAGAGGGGAUGUCUCUUGGAAUGGCACUGAAUUACAGCCAUAAGUAGAUGGAGAUUUCAACAACUAUGAAUUAUUGAUCUAGCUCAGUUCAAUACACAACCCCAUAAACACUGAUCAGAACCACCUUUUAAAACACAUUUUUUGAAUGGGAGCAACUCUCUGCUUUUUUGCUCUUCGGGUACCUUGCAGUCAAUAAGGUGUAUCAAAUUCUUCUGUUCUUAAAGGUGCUGCGAGAUGCCACCGCAGCUUUGGGGAGGACAGCUGAAGUGAAAAAUUCUACACAAGGUAUUACUUCUUGAUCCUUUGGAAGUGACCUUAAAUGGACUAUGGGGAAGCAGCAGAGUAAAUUGGACUCUACAGAAUUGAAGGAACUGCUGGACUGCACCUACUUUGAUAGAAAAGAACUGCUGAAUUGGUAUAGAGAUUUCAUGAGGGACUGUCCUAAUGGUGUUUUACAAAGAGAGGAGUUCCAUACAAUAUAUCAACAGUUCUUCCCAAAUGGUGACCCUACCAAAUUUGCCAGUUUUGUCUUCAAUGUUUUUGAUGCCAACAAGGAUGGGUAUAUAUCUUUUAAAGAAUUUAUUUGUGCUUUGUCCAUAACAUCAAGAGGUUCACUGGAUGAGAAACUAGAUUGGGCUUUCAGUCUAUAUGAUCUGGAUAAUGAUGGCUUUAUCACAAAAGAAGAAAUGGUCAGUAUUGUGGAUGCUAUUUAUAGCAUGGUAGGGAACCUCCUAGAUCUGCCCAAGGAUGAGGAUACCCCAGAAAAGAGAGUGGAAAAGAUAUUCACCCAGAUGGACACAAAUAAUGAUGGUAAGCUGACAAAAGAUGAGUUUCGGGAAGGCUCAAAGUGUGAUCCCUGGAUUGUUGAAGCAUUGUCAACACCACAUAGAUAAAGGUUGCUAGUGUCUGCCAAAGUCCUGUAAACAAUUGCACUGACUAUUCAUAGGAUUUGUGGAUGUUUGUGAAAUUGACAUUAUUUAUUGAAAUACAUGUACAUUCCUUGCUUAGAGAUAGAGCAGGUUUUGAUAAAAACGGCCGUCAUUUUCUCCCCAAUUAUUGACAAAUCUGUGUAAUUUUGUAUGAAGUGAUAUUUUUAAUGCCUUUUCCUGUCUUUCCUGUCUUGUGAUACAUUUGUUGAGAUCUCUACAGUUAUUUAUUUCAGCUACCAAUGGUCAGACGUUCUGAGUGUCUCUGAUCAGAGUUUGCACAGUGUUCAUGUAUUUGUAUAUUGUUUGUUUGUCACAUAUAACUUUUCACAUACAUGUACCGAUUUUAUCCUCCAGAAUCAUUGAGCCAGUUGCAACCAAACUUGCCAAACAGUAUCCUUGUGUAAAAGGCCUCAGGAUUAAUUUUUAUUUUUCAAAGAAGGGGCCACAUCCACGUACGUUUCCAAUAAGACAUUAUAGUGAUAAAAACUUCAUGAAGAUUCAUUUGAAUCCCUCCCCCCAUUUCCUAUUCAACAAAAGAGGUUUCAGUUUAUACAUGUAUAUGACAUUGGAUAAAGAAGAGAAGGUCAUAUGAGCAUUAAAUGGCUCAUGGAGUCCUUGUUAAUGCAAUUCUUUAUGCCCCCCACUAUAGUGUUAGAUGAGACUGUCUGUCUGCAAGUCCUUUGGUCCCUCUGUCACUUUGGGGUACCCAUACCUUAUCCACAACUCUUCCUAUUAGUGAAUAAAAUUUUUGAGUUUCAUAGUCUUUAUUUCAUAUUGUCAUUGUGCACCUCUUAUUUUACAUUUUCACCAGACACUACGCCUGGACCCUACCAUUCUUCCUGUAUUUGAGGUAUCCAUCUCUUAUCUAAAACUCUUCCACUUAAUUUUAAUUCGACUUUCAAAGAUUUUUUGAUAUAGUAGCAUUAUGCACCUCUUGUUACACAAUUCAACUGAACAAAUAUUUGGUGUUUUCAUACCUAAAAAUAUAAACUUUGUCAUUAAACAUGUAACCAUGUAGGAGUGAGGAACUCAGUGCUCAGUACCUCUUGUUUUAAUGUUCAUAAUUCAAUUUGUUACAAUGUCAUUAUUUUAACAUCAUCUAGACUGGUCUAUAAAUGUUCCAUUUUUCUUCAAUUUUAAAUGAAAUGGAAUUUUAAGGAAUUUCUCGCAAAAGAUCAAUUGAGAACAAAAUGUUGGGUCUAAAGAGCUACAUGUUUUCUGUUAUGAUAAGUUCUGAAAUUUUUGUUUAAAUAUAUAUGUGUUGAAAAAUGAUAAUAAAG